AUGUCAGACGGGCGUUAUCCUAUUACUGGUAAUCAGAAAGCAAAGUGUUGUAAUGUUUCAUCAUGGAUAAAAAGCAAGAUUGAAGAUGAAGGUGUGCAGGCAAGAAAUAUAAUCAAGUAUAGUGUUCCCGUUGAUAAUCCCAGUCCCCGUAAACGUUACGUUACGAAGUGUAAUUUUAGUCGAUCUUCCUCUGAAAUUGUACAACAAAUCGAAGACCCAGCAAAAGAUGAAAUGAUUACAAAUGUUAUAUCUUCAUAUCGGGAGAGUAGAAGUCGAGGCUCUUUAUGCUCUGAUGUUGAUCAUCCUAGUAGUUUACAUAAUAGAACUAUUUUAAGUGUAGAUGGUUUUCAUGAAGGACAAGCUAUCUCUGAUACAUGUUCUUCCAGUUUAAUUUCAACUAAUUCAAGAUCUAUUUGUUCACAACCAUAUCAUCGACAUCUUAGUUCAUUGGGAAAAACAAAAACAACAACAACAUUAACUCAUUAUCGUCAGAUGAAUCGUGGGAAACCAUUAACUGAAAGUGAGUAUAAAGCACGUUAUUGGGGUCAAAUGUUGGAAACAUUAAGACGAACUAUAGAUGAGAUAUAUUCAGCAUGUGAAACAGAUGAAAAUGAAGUGGAAUGUAAGGAGGUGAUCAUGAUUUUAGAACAUAGUAAACAAGAUUUCUUCUCAUUAAUUGAAAAGAUGAAUUUAUUACGUGAUUAUGAACAAACUGAUGCACAAAAUAGGCCAAAUUCUCUUACAUGGGAUGAACGCACCACUUUGCCAGGAAAACCAAUUAUGCAUCAGGUUCUUGCAUCUGCAUCAGGUGUAUCUACACAACAUCCUUAUCUUUCACUUCCACUCAGUAUUAAAUCAGAUAGUAGUAUGAUUGAGAUACUAGAUAGUGACUCAGAUUUUGGUGGUAAUAAAUCAGGUAAUUGGCGUUUAUUAGUUACACAACCUAAAUUAAUAAAUGGUAAGACUAAUGAUGAUGAAAAUAGUGAUUUAUGUGAAUCAUGCACUAUACCUUCUGUUAAUCGAGAUUGUGGAUCACAUGAACUUAUUGGUUUGAAAGCAGUUCACUGUAAAAAAGAUCUUUCAAAUGUUGCUCAUAUAGAUGUAUUCAAAAUGCGACCAAUAGAAAUCUCAAAUUUGUGUAGCUUAGACAAUGAACCACCUGAUGGUAAUGAUGGUGAAGAUGAGGAUGAAGUUGAAGGAUAUAGUCAGCAUCCUUUGUGCAGAGCUUCAGAAGAGAGUACUGUACAUCUUGAAGAAAAUCAAAGACCUAACAUAUCUGGAUACACCUAUCUAGUUGAUGAUGCUGAAUACGGUGAUCAUGAUGAUAACAUAUUGUCUCAUGAUUUGGAAAAAUUAGAUAAGGCUAUUGCACACUUCACUACUGCUGAACGUGUUUUAUCACAUCAAUUGGAUAAAGCUCAACUUGCUGAAACUGCUCUACGAAGACGUUUAAUUGACGAAGAUAAAUUUGUAUUCACUCGAUCUACUGACUAUACUCAAUCAUGGUAUUAUCAUCAGGAUAAUAAUAAUAAUAAUAAUUUUUCUAAUAGACGAAAUUCAAUUGAUGAGAAUUAUGAAGAUUCGAAACAUCUACUACCUACAUGUGAUAUUGAUGAAGAAGUUGAAAUUGAUACAGAUAUAGACUUAUUACAUAUGGAUGAUAGCGUUUUAUUAGAUGAUUUUAAUGAUUCAGAGAAGGUGAUUACUAGCCUGAAAAGUGAUUGUUCCCGUGUAAAAGAUAAACAUAAUCAACAGUAUACACUUGAAGAAAUAGAUCAUUCACCAUUGAAUUGUGUUCAAGAGUCAUUUCAUAGUCAACUGCCUAGUACUACUACUACUACUACUACUACUGCUACUACUACUACCACCAACACUACUACUACUACUACUACAACUGAUUACUCUAAAAAGAUUUAUCCAAAUAAACUUGUCAUCAAUGCCUCUGAUAUCAAUCAUUACUGUUGUAGUUGCCAUUGUCAUAGUGAUAAAUUUCUAUCUGUAGAUACGAAGAAGAAAAACAAUAAUCGAAGUAAUAAUUUACAGGAUCAAAGUAAAAUCUGUGAAUCAGUGAAAAAUUCAUGUACAAAAAUAUCUCUUAGUAGUAGAAGUAAUAGUAGUAUAUCUCAAUUCAAUUCCAAAUGUUUACAAAAUCCUAUCAAAUUAAAUGUACCAAUGAAAUUGAAGAUAGAUCAUCACUUGGAAACAACUGAUUAUCCUUGUCAAGGAGAUUAUCAAAGCGAAAUAAACAGAAAUCAGUGUUUCACUUCAACACAAUCAACUGAUCAGAAUGUUGAUGAAAUGAAUAUUCCAUCAAAGAACAUAUAUUCAAAUUCAUUGAAAUCUACAAAUACAAAUCGUGUUGAAAGGGAUUCUCUGUGUAAUUUUGAUCCACAUACUUCAAUCUCUUUAUCAACAGUAUCAAGUCAUGAAACUGUUUGUCCUCUAUCAAUUGUUACUUCAGAUGUUAAUAUUUGUCAACAAGGAUUAUUAUUUAUUCCACAAACUGAAAUGAAAUCACGUACACCUGGACAUGGUGUUCAUAUGCAUGAAAAACUUUCAGCUCGUUCGAAAAGACGAACUGCAAAUUCUAUACAAGAUAUUGAGGAGAAACAAGCUCGUGCCCGGGUAUUACGUCAGCAGCACCUUCUUGAACGUACAGAACGUGUACAUGAAUUGAGCAAAAAGGUUGAUGAAGUUCACCUACAAAAGCGACUACUGUUACAUCAACGACGUUCUUGCCUAGAAAGACGUCUACAUGCUGCUGAACGUAAGCGUCAAGCUGAAUUGAAACGUAGAGUACUUAAAGCACACGAUGAAGAGACGAAAGGGAAAGAGAUUGCAUUUAUACAAACACUUGAAGCAGAACAAAAACAGCACAGUAUUCUGACUAAACAUGAAGAGAGUCGUGCACGUCUACAUGAAUUGGCAAUUGAACGUCAAAAACGUUCAGAAGAAAAAUUAGGCAGAGAGGAAGCCGCUAAAAUUCGUCGAAGAGCUUUAGAAGCAUCACGUAGAGCUAAACUGGAUGCUUUACAGGCUAGAUGGGAAACUAGAGCACAACAAUUAGCCUCACGAGCUGAAUUAAUGGAACAUUCACGUAGAGCUGCAGCUCGUGCUAAAGAACAAUAUCGUGAGAUUAGAAUGGCCACUUUAGAGGAGCAACAACGUGCACAUAUUGAACAGUUACGCUCUAAAAUUCAGCGUAAACAAGCAGAAUCUGAACGGCGUCAUCAGGAAUCAUUACGGGAAAUUAGUCGUAAAGCCUUUGAAAUGUCUGUACUUACGCAUACCGGUGAUGAUUCAUUAACUGUCCCAGGAAUUGAACCGUAUCCUAUACAAAAAUGGUGUAAAGCAUGUCAAGUUAUGAUUGUAUCUGAAGUAUCACUGAAAAGUCAUUUACAUGGGAAACGUCAUCAAAAUGCAAUUAUGGAAGCUGCACAAAACCGUCCUGUUGGAAGAUCUGAACUCGAAGCAUUCAAUUUAUCACAUCUUAUCGAUGCACCAACAGAACUUUCAAAUCCUCAAUACAAUGCACAACAAGAACGCUUAAAACUACACAAGAAACGUACUAGAAAAUUAAGACAUAAAUUAAAUCAAAAGGGUCUACAGUUUUUGAAAGAACUUGAACAAAGUAAGGUUACUCUCCCUGAUUCUCCGAACAAAGCACAGCUUGUUAAAUUGAUUAAAGAUGCUCGACGUUUUUUGAAUCAACCUGAUUCUGGUCCUUGGGUUAUAACAAGAGUUCAGGCUAUGGAAAAAUCUUUAAACGCUUUAUUACGAUGUAUUUGUAAUAAACAGGUAAAAGAACAAAGUGGACAAUCAUCACUAUCGGUCAUUUCAUCAGAUCGACAGAUUUGUACUGUCAGCGGUUUACUCUCCAUCUUAGUAAAUUUAAUUGGGCUGAUAAGAGAGCAGAAGCCAUUGUCAACACAGUUAGUUCCAGAGAAAACUUAUAAACUUGCCUGUCGUCUACUAGAAACUUUAUGCUAUUCAAAUGAAGAUGCAUACAUUCGUAUGCUAUUGUCAAAUGAUGUUUCAAUACUUGUUGAUUGUCUUGUCAUCAAAUUUUCGGUUUAUAUUUCAAACAAUCGUUAUUUUAACUGUUUCAAUUCUUCAUCAGUAAUAAAAGAGGUGAAUACACCAACAACAAUAACAGAUCAAUUAACUAAUGAUCCAUUAUAUUUUCAUUGUUAUUCUGGAAAUUCGUGUACACUUGACUUAUUGAAUUGUUUAACUAGUCUAUUGAAUGGAUUUUGUCAAUUGAAUUUUACUUCAGAUGAAUAUGAUAAACAUAUAAGAAUUGAUUAUCAACGCGUUCAAGACUUUCUCAGUUAUGUUGUGAGUAGUGGCCUAGUCGAUUUAAUAUCUACACGACUGUCCAAUCCAAAACAAGCUAGCUGGUUAUUAUCAUCAAAUAAUAAUAAUAAUAAUAAUAAUAGUCCUGGACGUCAAAACUCUUCAACUACAAAUCCAUCUGUAGAACACUGUCAACAAUUUGUAUUGAGUAGUAUUGCUUUUCUAACGAGUAUUACACGUCUUCUCAAUAUAAUCAUGUCAACAUCAGAACAAAUGAAAUGUGAUCAAUUAAUGAAGGUGACUGGUAGAUAUCAUUCAAGUAAACAACAAACUUCUGUAUGGAGUUCUCAAUCAGAUUGUUGUUUAUCAUCUAAUAACUUUUUAGUGAAUAAAGUUUCUGAAGGAGUUAGUAUUAUUCAACAGCAAAAUCAUCAUCAUCAUCAUGUAGAUAAUCCAAUGAAUAGUACAGCUGAAAGAUGUACAAGCACAGGAUCUUCUCACGAUAAUAUUUCUGUCAAUCGAAAAACAACAUAUGAAACAACUGGUAAUUCAUCGAUUGUAUUAGAUAUUAAUGGACAAUUACUACGAGAUCCGACAAAAUUAUUAGAAACUGUUAAUACUACUGAAGUUUUUGGCUUAGUCCCAUUAUUGUAUUGUCUUCUUCUUGAUCCAAAUAGUCGUCCAAUUGAAGCAUUGGUAACAUCUAUUGACAAUGAUUCAAAUCUAAUCAUCAGUAAUACUAAUAUGUUAUCAGAAUCUGCUAAUAAAAUGAAAAUAAUUCCUGAUCAUCAUUAUCAUCAUCAUAAAAAGUCAAUAAAUCGAACUGAAUCAUCAUCUAUAAUCAAUAGAAAAUUUCCAACAGAUAUGCUUAUCUUUAUUGAUUAUCAAGAAUCACAAUCAUUUCGUAGUAUAGUGAUAGCAGAAAUUACCUUGAAUAUUUUAAAAUUAGUCAAUUCAUUAUUUUCUCUUCAUCAAAAUAUAAUGCAAUCGAUUCUUGGUAGUGAAUUGAUAUGCUUAUUAAUGCGACAUAUAUUAGUCAAUCUUCUGACACGUUGUGUUCCUCAACAAGUGAACACUAGUCAUAUGAUGCCUCAUUUGUGUCCUACUUCUCCUCCUGUCCCCCAUCAUCACCACCUCCAACAACAACAACAACAUGAGUUCAAUAUCAAUCAUUAUUCAGAAUCAAUUAGAAAAGGGAAAGGUAAUAAAUCUGAUAAUCAUCAACAUACUGAUAUCGCUGCUCCUGGUGUUGUUGGUGAUGAAGACGGUGAUACAGACGAUCUUCUUCCAAGUGGUGCUCGAAAAGUUGUUAUUAAAAGAAAUCCAAAGUUGAAAUUUAUCAAUGGAGAAGACAGUCAAUUGGUCAGAACAAACAAUUCAAGUAAUCAUUUUGAUACUGUUCAUCAUGAAAAACACUUUAAAGACUUCACUCAUGGAAUAACAGAGAACAUUUUACAUGAAGCUAUACUAUGUAUGGGUCAUUUGUGUGCUUUAAAUUUAGAAAAUCAGACUAAUCUUCAAUGUGGUCCUUCACCAAAUCUUUUACAACGUCUUUUAUCAUUACCAUUUGAAUAUUUCAGUCAUCGUCCAUUGACAGAUAUUCUAUAUCCAACUUUAAUUGCUUGCUGUUAUCAGCAUAUACCGAAUACAACAAUCUUGGAAAGUGAACUUAGUUCGAGUAUUUUGGCGAAUUAUAUAGAAGAACGUUUACUUGAGAAACAGAUGGAUACUUUAACAAAAGUGAAUAAUUCAUCUAAUAGUUAUAAUGAUGAAUUCUUAGAUAAGAGAUAUAGCUUUGAAAAACGUUUCUCUAUGGUGGAAUGGGAUUCUGCAAAAGCUUAUUUCUCAAGAUAG